AUGUCAUCUUUUCUUCAUUCAUUUUCCAAUUUUGCCCGUUUUUUUUUCUUUACUUCAUUUUACUUAGAUCAUUCUUCAUUUCGUUCACAUUUUUUUCGUCAAUUUUACUUCGUCGUCUAUUAUAAUUCAGUUCACUUUUUUCCAUAUUCCCUUUUAGUUUUAUGUCAUUCAUUUUUCAAUUUUGCCGUUUUUUUCUUUACUUCAUUUUUUAGAUCAUUCUUCAUUUCGUUCACAUUUUUUUUCGUCAAUUCUUACUUCGUCGUCUAUUAUAAUUCAGUUCACUUUUCCUCUCCAUAUUUGUCAUCUUUUUCUUUUUUCCAAUUUUUUGAACUUCAUUUUUACUUAGAUCAUUCUUCAUUUCAUUCACAUUUUUUUUUUCGUCAAUUUUACUUUGUCGUCUAUUAUAAUUCAGUUCCUUUUCCUCUCCAUAUUCCCUUUAUGUUUUAUGUCAUCUUUUCUUCAUUUUCUCCAAUUUUUGCCCGUUUCUUUUCUUCAUUUUUCCGAUCAUUUUAUCACAUUUUUUUUUUUAAUUUUGCGAACUCAUAUUCCUUUAAUGUCAUCUUUUCUUCAUUUUCUCCAAAUUCAUUUUACUUUAGAUCUUUCCUGUUUCGUCUAUUAUAA